AUGACGGAAAGAGCCCAGAAUGUGAAAAAUGCCUUGAAUUCUGUACAAAGUUUGAAAUUAGGAUUUAAAAAUAUUGUUGAAAACGCAAAUAAGUUGAACAGACAAGUUGUUGUUUUACAAAGCAUAUCUCUGUAUGCCUUAAACAGGCAAAAUGUAAUCAGUAUGUUUGGAGAAAAAGAAGAUAUGAAUACAGGAAGAAUAGAAGUUGAAAAUGAGUAUCUUUUUGAAGUUCUGCCUGAUGUUGCAUUGAAACAAUCAAUCGAAGUAGAAGAAAUACGGAAGAGUUCACAUAUUUCCUGUGCGUCAUCAGACCGAUUCUGGAUCAGAAUGUGGAGACGUGAUACAGAUACUUCAAUAGUUUCACGGUUUGAUAGAUCAGGAAAACAGAUUCAGAGUUUCCAGUACGACGAAUUUGGUGAAUCGCUUUAUAAAAAGGUCUUGUAUUUAACAGAAAAUCAGAACAGUGACAUCAUUGUAUCUGAUUUGUGGUAUGGGGUAGUAGUGGUAAAUCGAGAGGGAAAACACCGUUUUUCGUACAAAGGUCCUCCAUCGGUACGAAGAUUAUCACCACAUGGUGUCUGUACGGACGCUUUAUUGAACAUGUUUGUGAUUACAACACCAGUACUGUUCAGAUGA